AAUCUGGGUGGGAGGGCACAGUCGCUGAAACCUCGAUGUAGGAGUCACACCGAGAAGCGAAUCCUUGGGACACACAGCAGGGAGGAAAAGCCCUUGGCACCACUGAGUCUGAAUCCGGCCCUUCGCUGCCGUAGGGAUGGCGUGUUGAACCUCCACUUGCUGCCCUUGUAAUGCCAUUGUGGCCACUCUGAUACGAGGAGAAAACGUUAGGAGGAGGUGACAACUUCCAUUGAAUCAACUGAUACCAGUCGGGAGAAAGAGAGGCUUCAUUGCUGACUGCUGCCACUGCACGUGGGACAUGAAUGGCCUGGAGGAAGGGGUGGAGUUCCUCCCUGCCAUGAACUCCAAGAAGAUGGAGAAGCGCGGCCCAAAGCGGAGGGUGGUCGCCGCCGCCAUCAUCGGCGCCUUGAUCCCUGUGUCCCUUGUCACCGGCCUCCUGGUUUGGCACUUCCAAUACAGGAGUGCCCCCGUCAGGAAGGUUUUCAAUGGCCACUUGAGGGUUCUGAACUGGGAAUUCCUUGAUGCUUAUGAGAACUCCAGCUCUCCGGAGUUCAUCAUGCUGGCCAAGAAGGUGAAGAGCACGGUGGAGGAUAUCUACAGGGACCAUGGAGAUAUUGGCCCUUACCACAAAGAGACUGUGAUAACAGCCUUCAGCGAAGGCAGCAUCAUUGCCUACUACUGGUCCGAGUUCCUCGUCCCCAAGUACCGGGAGGAGAGCCUGGACCGGGCCAUGGCCGACAAGCAGAGCCUGGUGCAGAAGCUGAACGCGCGCCUGCGGAACCCCAUGCUGCAGGUGGAGUCGGUCGUGGCUUUCCCUGCAGACACCAGCAUAGCUUACUCCUCUCGGGACAGUAUCUGCAUGUUUGCCCUCCACGCCAAGGAAGGGGAGGUCACCACCUUCACCACCCCGGGCUUCCCCAACAGCCCCUACCCCAACAACGCCCUCUGCUACUGGACCCUGAGGGCAGACACCAACUCCAUCAUCAGCCUGACCUUCAAGACGCUGGAGCUGGAGCCGUGCACGGAUGGCAGCGACUACAUCAAGGUGUACAACUCCCUGAGCCCCGUGGAGCCCCACACGUUGGUCAGGCUCUGUGGGAAUUACGCCCCUUCCUACAACCUGACCUUCCUGUCCUCCCAGAACGUCAUGCUCGUCGCGUUGGUUACCAACAAGGAGGGCAGAUUCCCUGGCUUCAAGGCCGAGUUCUUCCAGCUCCCAAAGAUGAAAGCCUGCGGUGGGGUUCUGAGAGGAGAGAGCGGCACCUUCACCACCCCCUAUUACCCAGCACACUACCCCCCAGCCAUGGACUGUGUCUGGAGCAUCGAGGUUCCUUCCAGGAAGAACGUGAAGGUGCGAUUCAACAUGUUCUUUGUGCUGGAGCCCGGCAUCCCGGUCAGCUCCUGCACCAAGGACUACGUGCAGAUCAACAGCACCAGGUACUGUGGGGAGCGAUCCCAGUUCGUGGUGACCAGUACCAGUGACAGGAUAGAAGUCCGGUUCCACUCAGACCAGUCCUACACAGACACCGGCUUCUCUGCUGAGUACCUGUCCUAUGACUCCAGUGAUCCCUGCCCUGGGCAGUUCACCUGCAACACGGGGCGCUGCAUCGACCGGAGCAUGCGCUGCGAUGGAUGGCUGGACUGCGUGGAUGGCAGCGACGAGAGAUCCUGCACCUGCACGGAGCAGCAGUUCAGGUGCCAGAACGGUUGGUGCAAGCCCAAGUUCUGGGUCUGUGACAACGUGAACGACUGCGGCGACAACAGCGACGAGCUGCAGUGCAACUGCGCUGCCGACAGCUUCAAGUGCACCAACGGGAAGUGCAUCCCCAGUACACGCCAGUGCGAUGGCAAAGACGACUGCGGGGACGGGAGCGACGAGGGCAGCUGUGGGAAAGCGGGCCAGGUGACGGUCACCUGCAAGGAAUACACCUACAAGUGCCGCAACGGGCGCUGCAUCAGCAAACAGAACCCAGAGUGCGACGGGGAGCAGGACUGCGAGGACAAUUCCGAUGAGGACAACUGCAACUGCGGGCUCCGCUCCUACACGAGGAAGUCUCGGAUCGUCGGCGGGCAGAACUCGGACGUGGGGGAGUGGCCGUGGCAGGUCAGCCUCCACGUCCGGGGCCAGGGCCACAUCUGCGGCGCCUCGCUCGUCUCCGAGAGCUGGCUGGUGUCAGCGGCGCAUUGCUUCCUGCAGCUGCAGGGCAUCAGGUACUCAGACCCCAGCCUGUGGACCGCCUACCUGGGCCUGACGGACCAAGGCGACCUCAGCAACGCCAACGUGCAGAUGCGGAAGAUCAAGCGCAUCAUCUCCCACCCCUACUUCAACGACUACACCUACGACUACGACAUCGCCGUGAUAGAGCUGCAGACCCCUGUCACCUUCUCCUCUUUCGUCCAGCCCAUCUGCCUGCCUGACGCCACACACAGCUUCCCAGUGGGCAAGGACCUGUGGGUGACCGGGUGGGGAGCGACGACGGAAGGAGGCAGCGGUGCCUCCGUCCUGCAGAAGGCUGAGAUCCGGCUCAUCAACCAGACCGUGUGCAACCAGCUGCUGACCGACCAGCUCACGCCGCGCAUGAUGUGCGUGGGCAUCCUCACCGGCGGCGUGGACGCCUGCCAGGGGGACUCAGGAGGGCCCCUGGUCAGCGUGGAGCCCAGCAGCCGCAUGUUCCUGGCUGGAGUGGUGAGCUGGGGCGACGGCUGCGCGCAGAGGAACAAGCCCGGAGUGUACAGCCGCCUCACGAGCCUGCGGGACUGGAUCCAGCAGCAGACCGGCCUCUGAGGCCACACACACACACAGGGCCCCGUGCGGGCACCUCUUGGGCUGGGUCAUGCACAUCCAGCCUCGACUGUGAACUUGAACCCUCCCUCUACCUCGCACCGAGUCAUCAUCCCACCUCCCAGCUUAGAAACGCAUGGUUGGACUAGGACAGAUUGGAGGUUGUGGAUGAGUGAGUGCAGCUCCGAUGGACAAUGGGGUAGGAGCAGUAGAUCUACAAAAAUCAAUGACAACUAAAUUAAAAAGGAAAGAAAAAGAAACCACUUUGUGUGUAGGGGAAAACAUCACUGGGACAGGUUCAGAAUCAGCUUCUCAGGAUAAGCCCUGCGUUGCUUUCCAAACAGCCGUCCGCAGCCCUUGCU